AUGACAGAUUUGUUGAGCUGCUCAUCACCUCAGCCUCAAGACAUUCAUCUUCCCUUUUCCUCUCAUCUUCUAACCAAUGCUGCUCAAAGAGACGCGGUCACUUACAGUUGUGGAUCCUGUGGAUAUGAAUUGAACCUCAACUCUUGCAAUCGCAAUACCACAGUCAUUGGAUCAAAAUAUGGGAAAACAAUGAGGAGAGGGGUUCUAUCAUUUCUAUGCAUUGACGAGAGCAGAUUUACUCAGAUAAGUAAACUUAGAUGCUCGCCCUAUUUCAGGUCCAAAAACUCGUGGGGUUUCUUUCAACGACACACUAAACUCUUGUGUCGAAAAUGCACAAGUUAUAUUGGUAUUUCUUAUAGUACUAGUAAUAACAAUAGUACAAGUGGUGCUGCAAUACAUAUUGAUGUCAACUCAGAUGCUGCAGCAUUAGCAACACCUAAUUGUUGGGAUGGGCUGUCAGCUUGUACAACUAAUUACGAAAUCAAGAUAUGUGCAUUAAGGCCAUCUGUGAAGGAAGUCAUUAUGCACCAGUAAACUAAGCAA